AACUCCAAUACAAUAAGGAUUGAUAGUUGUCAAAAUUUUAUUUCGCCCUUUUUCCUGUUUUUGUGCCCUUGUUUUUAUAAUUUUAUUGAACCAAAAACCUUUAAUAUUUACCGUAAGACGAAAUUCAUUUGAUUAAUGAACGAAAUGACUCGUAUAUAACCGUAAUUUGUUAAAAUUAAAAAAACAUGUCUUCAGCCGGGCGGCAAGCAUUGUUAUGCUUUUUCUCUUCUGCAUCAUUAUUUACUGUAUCAUUUUUCUCUGGAAGUGUACUCGGAUUCACGUCGGAGCUAUGGGCCCUCACGUACUGGGGUCCCGCACUGUAUUUCUGUCUAUUUAACUUCAUUUUGAGAUAUUGUUACAAAGGAUUUACAUAUGAGGUAUUAGUAAGAUCAGCUUUCCUCGGCUGUUCAUUUGCCAUUGGUCUCUACCUGGCAAUGUUUGAAGAUGGCUGGCGAGUGUUUGGCCUCUACACCAUGGUGCUGUCCACCUUCCACUUCUCAGAGUUUGUGGCGGUGGCGCUCACAAACCCCCAAACUCUGUCCAUAGACUCCUUCAUACUAAACCACAGUGUUCAGUAUGGAGUGGCUGCGGUUUCCAGUUGGAUGGAGUGGGCUGUAGAGUUCUACUUUUAUCCAGAAAUGAAAACUUAUUUCUGGCUGUCCAGUGUUGGUGUGCUGAUGUGUGUCGGUGGCGAGCUGCUCAGGAAGUCUGCCAUGUUUACUGCUAAGACCAAUUUUAACCACACUGUGCAGUAUGUCAAGCGGCCUGACCAUCAGCUGGUUACCCACGGCGUGUACGCCCUCUGUCGGCACCCUAGCUAUGUGGGAUGGUUCUACUGGUCUAUUGGCACCCAGAUCAUUCUACUGAAUCCGAUCUGUAUUAUCGUCUACACGCUCGCCUCCUGGACAUUCUUUCGAGAGCGUGUCUACGCAGAGGAGUUGACGUUACUGGCAUUUUUCGGGCCGCAGUACGCGGAGUACCAGAAGAAGGUCGGCACUGGUCUACCGCUGAUACCAGGGUACGUGCCGGAGAACACCAGCCAGCGAGUGAAAGAUGACCACUGGAGUUACUGAAAGGUACUAUAUGUUACCACGAGGAUAGGCCUAGUGACUCCAACAAUACAUGGUAAACGGUCCGCGCUCGUGUAUAAAUAAGUUUAGCAACUCGUGCGUAAACCGUAACGUAACUAUCUGGAAUGGCCUUUCCCGUGAAGCUUGUUCUUCAUCUUAUAACCUUGGAUCCUUCAGAUGAAGCGUGAAAAAGCACUUAGUGAGUUACCAUAGUGCGGUCAACCAUUGAGAGUAAGUUAUUCUCAUUUCGGCUGGUCGUAUUCGUGGACUAUAUCGUCUCUGUGUACGUUCAGGAUGGAGUAGUCACACGUCUUGUUAUAAUAAAAAAAAAACUCGAAAAGUUGAAGGAUAUACCGUCAUAGUCGUAGAAUACUGACGAAUCUUUAUAUGUAAUCUUUGUCAGAUCCGUCAGUAUUCUACGACUAUGACGAUAUAACAUAGUUUGUAAAUAAAAAUUUACAAUUUAUCUGAUCUCAAGUAUUCUUCAAUCUUCUCUUCCUUCAACUUGGUUUCCAUGACAUUUUUCCUACGUUGAACAGUUACAAUUGUAACAUUUUUUUAUAUAUUUCGUUUUUGGCCUCUUUACACCGCCAUUCACACCGACUCUAUGGUUGUCAAUCCUAAUUUGACCUCUUUUUAGAAAGACCCGAUCCCAAUUUGCCCUAACAACCUCGAUAAUCCUGGCCACAACAUUCUUAGCUUGCGCAAGUGGUUUGCAACUUGGCAAGCAGGUUAGCAACCGCAGGUAGACUUUGGUGAUGUUUUAAGAGGGACGUUGCUGCCCAUCCCUCGUCUUAAGUUCCCUCAGUCACUUACGACACCCACGGGAAAUAAACGGGGUGUGUUACAAUGCUGUGUUCAAAUUCUAAUUGAUCUGUUACACUAAUUAGUGUAUGAGAGUGAACUCUGCCUGUAAAAAAGUGGGACGUUACUAUCUCUACAAAAGAUAACGCCCCAGCCAAAUGAAAUGCCUUUACUUUAAGUGCUUUAUUUUCUACAUGUGUAAGAGAAAGAGCGACAUUUUAUUUAUCUCUUAAAGUUCUGUCAAUUUGUUAAUAUUGUCAUUUUAUAAAAAAAAUACAAGCUAAUGUAAAAAUUAACAAGAAAUAAAUUAGAUAAUAGUUCAAAAUCAAUUGUUACGCUUGAAUUGUUUGCUAACUCAUAUAUAGAACUAUAUAAUUUGUUAGGGGAUGAAAUUAUUGUGAUUCUUAGCAAAAAAAUAUCAAUAGAAUAGACUAAUAUUAAAUACAUAUUGUCUAAAUUUUCUUACCCUUAACCUAGUCAAUAGAAAACGCUAGAAUAACUCUUGUUUUUUUUAUAUUUGUCGUAUUGUUAGUGCUCUGUGUGGCACGAGUAUUUCAGCUCAGUUUAAAUACUAAGAUUUAUAUUUCAGUGUAAUCCUAGAAUAGGGAACAAACUGAAAGGUCUAAAUAUACAAGUACUUACUGUUUUUACAUUGUAUUAAAAGGCGUCUUCGACUUAUUUUAAUGUAUUUUGGAGUAGAAGGGGAACGUUCAAAUAUUAUGUAACGCAAUUUUUGUCGAUUUUUUACCCUCCCCCCCAUGUAAUGGGUUGUGAUCUUUGUUCCCGCCGGUAGGGAAGAAGAUCCCCGUCACACCGAUGGCGCGUUAUCAGCUACGCACCUACACAAGAAGAUAGACAAAAAUGUGCAAAAUUUAUAAUUACAUUUAUUAAUUUUAAAAGGUACAUCAACAGUGUAAACGCAGAUAUUUAUUUAAUACACAAAGCUUGCAUCUUACAUUUACGUCAAUUACAGAUUCAUGCAUUUUCUAAAGACAUCGAUUUCACACUAAUAAAAUUGACACUAGCAAAACAAAGAAAAAAUAUAUCAUAAUUUUUCACAAGUGAUCGCAAAGUGAGAGCAAUAUUCUAAUUUUAGUGGCGGAUUCAAGAUUUUUAAAACUGUUUUUUUUUUUUUGUACUGGAUUAAUCAAAUACUGUCACUCUUAGAGUAUGUAUUACAAACAUGUUUUGUAUGUAAAUGACCCCUGUUUAGGUUAUGAUGGGAGAUGGCUCUUCAGAACCGAACACAUUGUAUGCUUCUGGUUUGUUCGAUAUUCUGAGAUAAUGUGCGUUUGACUUGUUUACUUACCUUUAGCUAUGUAGGGGUGGGUAAUAUAAUAUAUAGCAAUAUAGUUGGGAGAUAUAUUUAGAGAAAUGACGCCAAUAUUGAUUGGGAUGAGUAAUAGCAAUAAAUAUGUUUUAGUUACAAUAUAUAUAUAUAUAUAUAUAUAUAUAUAUAUAUAUAUAUAUAUAUAUAUAUAUAUAUAUAUAUAUAUAUAUAUUAAUUGUAUUUCCCCCUGGAAACUAUCAUGGUUAAUUCCUGAUGAUUUAAUCAUGAUAGACUAAAUGGCCUGUUUUCAUUCUCAUCUAUCACCCUUCACUGGUGCUCCGCCAGCGUAUCCCGUUAGCGCAGGCGGAGUUACCAUACCAUUUUCACCCAUCAAAAAGAAAAAUGUUCAAAGUCUCUUAUCCAAAAAAUUAUAUUUGAUAACAGACUUUUAACACAUUCAAAUAUAGAUAUCCGACCGAUAUCGGCGAUAUCGAAAUGGUUGAUGACCUUUUUUCCACCAUCAAUGUGCAGAAGAACCCAGAAUAACUCAAUAUAUAGGUAUCCGAUCAAUAUCCAUGUUACCCAUGCCUGUAGCUAUGAUACGAAUGAAGCAUUUUGUUCAAAUACUAAUAUAAAAUGUAUAUAUUGUAAUUUCUAUAUUAUUCUUCUUAAAUUUUUCAUAACAGUUUUGUAAAUACGAAGAAAUAUUAAUUGUAAUUAAUUAAAUAUUGUUUAGUUUUAUAUUCGAUUUCUUACUAUUGUAUAGUUUAAUGUAUCAUACUGUACAACUGUGUAUAGGCUUACGUGUAUUGUACAAAGGUUGUGAAUGAACUGAUUCAUUGCGUUUAAAUAUAAUAUAUUUAUAUUGUAAUAAACAGAGGUAAUAAAUAUAUCCAUAUUGAAGUAUACAUAGUAUUACACAAUUUGCCCUUCUUUGCAUAAUGGUGGAAAUUUCCAUCAUAACAUUGAAUGUCCAAAAAUUAUUUAAAAGAACAAGUUCACUUUAAUUUGAUCGUGUCUGGAUACCUUUUUAAUGUUCAUUGCAGAAAAAAAAAACAUAGCUGUCAUAUUUAUUUUUUUUAAUCAUUUUUCCUUUAAUUUUGAACAUGAAUUAUAUCACCUUGAUUUAUUUCAGUAAUAAACAAAAAAAUCAUGCAAAGAAGGGUUAAAGAUGUUUUAGAAUUGUAUAGAACCUGAGUCCAGCCACCGUACUCUGUUACAAUAAAUAAGCGUAAUUAAAACUUAUUCCAAUUUAUUGUAUCUUGUCUUAAUAUUUCUGUAUUAUAACUUGGUACAUACAUAUUUGAAAAAUAAACUGGGUAUAUAAUUUUUUA